CAGUUCCUCCCGGUUCGUCUUUCGGGCGGUUUGACUCAUUUCUACCUCACGGAUUGUUUUUUUUCUGUUAAAUUCAUUUUUCUGCUAAAUUCCACGAGAAUUGUGAAAUAUUUUUCUCUCAGUACAAAAUGAAAAGCUUUGUAAUUAUUUUAAUAUUUCUCAGUGCAAUUUGUAUUAAUUUGCUCUUUGCGCAAAAUGCUUUCAAUCUCACAAUUUUGCACAAUAACGACAUCCACGGGCGUUUUGCUGAGUUUGACGAUGGUGGCUUUGGGUGCUACAAGGAAAGGUGCUUCGGUGGUGUCCCAAGGAUGCUCAAUGUCAUUCGGGAGAUGAGAAAUGAUUCAAAGAGAAACGUUUUGUUCCUCAAUGCGGGAGAUUCCUUCACAGGAACACCUCUUUUCUCACACUACAAAGAGAACAUCACUGCGGAUAUGAUGAAUCUCCUCCAACCUGAUGCAAUGACUCUGGGCAAUCAUGAAUUCGACUUUGGGACUCCACCCCUCUCAUCCUUUCUCAAUCAAGCCAAUUUCCCAAUUGUCGUGACGAAUUUGGACGUUGCUGACCUCCCAUUGGAUUCAGGGAUGCGUCGUGUGAAAUCUUCAAUUAUUUUUGAGAUUUCCGGUCACAAAAUAGGUCUUGUGGGCUACGUGACACCCACAACGGCAUCCCAAACUCACAGUGAGGUAAUCUUCCUGGAUGAAGUGUCCGCCGUGUCACAGGAAGUACGAAAACUCCGUGCAGCAGGCAUUGGAAUAAUCAUCGCUCUGGGACAUUCGGGUUUUGAGAAGGAUCUCGAAGUUGCACGAAAAUGUCCCGGAAUCACCCUAAUUGUGGGUGGUCAUUCACACACACUCCUGCACAAUGGGCACCUCAGUGGGGAGAGUAUCCUCAGUGGCUACCCACAUGCCGUGCGAAGCGACAGUGAUGGCAAUGUGACGCUUAUUGUUCAAGCAGGGCGCUACGGGAAGUUUCUGGGGCAACUAGAAUUGAGCUUCAAUGCCGCCGAACAACUAACCGCAUGGUCCGGGAACACUAUCCUCCUCGAUGGCCAACAGGAUGAUGAUGCUCUUGCACUUGUGGAGGCAUUUGCACAUCCCCUGCGAGAGGUGGAAGAGGCAGUUGUGGGUAGAACUAUCGUCCACCUCGAUGGGCACUACAAAUCAUGCCGAUUCGGGGAAUGCAACAUGGGAAAUCUCAUUACUGAUGCCAUCCUGGAUGCUUACAUUGCAUCACAACACUUUAGCCACAGCAAUAAUUCGUGGUCAGACGUUGUGGGUGUUCUCCUGCAAAGUGGCAGCAUCAGGAAUUCCGUUGAAGCUGGACCAGUGAAGGUCUUCAAUGUUAAAACAAUUCUUCCCUACGAGAACACUUUUGUCGUUGUCAAUGUGUCCGGAAGCACCGUUAGGGAUGCCCUAGAAUAUUCCGUGAAUGGCUACAAUAGAAUCCGGGGAUAUGGGAAGUUCCUCCAGGUGUCUGGUCUUCGGAUUGUUUACGAUUUAUCCCACAAUUCCGGCGAUAGAGUCACUUUAGUUGAAAUUCUCUGUUCCACAUGCAAAGUGCCCCAUUAUGAGCCUCUCAUGCCACACAAAUGGUACCAAAUUAUCAUUCCGGAAUUCCUCAGGAAGGGCGGAGAUGGCUUCACUCAAUUCCAGGUUUUUAUCUCUUGAUUUUUUCAUUUAUUUUUGUCCAAAACUUUGAUUUUCUUAUCAUU